AUGGGCAUCACCAGGCUGUUGGUGCUGGGUGCGCCACACGAGAAGAUGUGCCUGCCCUCCCAGGGCCGAUGGGGGGCCACUGUCAGUCAUCCGAGGACAGCCUUUUUCCCUCCUCUUCUCUCUGUGGUGCUUUGGGGUGCCCUCCUGUGGGUUGGCUCCUUCCCUGAUCUGGCCCUGGGGGCAGGAACCUUCACCUUAGGGGUGCUGGGUCCCUGGGCCUGUGACCCCAUCUUUGCCCAGGCCCUCCCCAGUGUGGCUGCCCAACUGGCUGUGGACCAAGCCAACCAGGACCCCUCACUGGUGCUGGGUUCAAGGCUGGUUUCCGUGGUCCUCUCCACAGGCUGUGACACCCCUCAUGCCCUGGCCAUGUUCCUGGCCCACAAGAAUACCACAGCUGCUUUUGUGGGCCCUGUCAAUCCCGGUUACUGCCAAGCAGCAGCGCUGCUGGCUCAAGGCUGGGGCAAGACCCUCUUCUCUUGGGCAUGUGGAGCUCCAGAAGGGGGAGGUGAGCUAGUGCCCACCUUGCCUCCGGCUGCCCACGUGCUGCUGUCUAUCAUGAGACACUUAGGCUGGGCACGCGUGGCCAUCAUGUCCUCCCACCAGGACAUCUGGGUGGCCACAGCCCGGCAGGUGGCCAUGACUCUCAGGACACAUGGGCUGCCUGUGGGGCUGGUGACCUCUCUAGGACCCGGAGAGCAGGGGGCCACGGAGGUCCUGGAGCAGCUCUGCAGUGUGGACGGCCUGAAAAUUGUGGUGCUUUGCAUGCACUCGGCACUCCUGGGGGGCCCGGAGCAGACCGCCCUGCUGAGCCAAGCGUGGGCCCAGGGCCUGGCAGACGGGAGGCUGGUCUUCCUGCCCUACGAUACCAUGCUCUUCACCUUGCCCUACCGCAACCACUCCUACCUGGCUCUCAGCGACAGCGGACCCCUGCAGGAGGUCUACGACGCCGUCCUUACCAUCAGCCUGGAGUCCAGCCCCGUGGACAAGGCCUCUGAAGCCGCCAGGGCCAGUGGAGAGGUGGCCGCCCAGCUGGAGCCGGAGCAGGUGUCCCCGCUCUUUGGGACCAUCUAUGAUGCUGUUGUCCUGCUGGCCCAUGCCCUGAACCGCUCUCAAAGCCAUGGUGCUGGGCUCUCAGGGGCCCACUUGGGGGACCAUACAGGGGCUCUGAACGUGGCUGGCUUUAGCCAGAGGAUCCGGACGGAUGAGAAGGGCAGGAGGCUGGCUCAGUAUGUGAUUUUGGACACAGAUGGUCAGGGAAGCCAGCUGGUCCCCACCCACAUUCUGGACACAGGCACGUGGCGAGUGCAGCCCCUGGACAGGGCCAUACACUUUCCAGGAGGGGCCCCUCCGGCACGUGACUCCAGCUGCUGGUUUGACCCCAAUAUGCUGUGCAUAAAAGAUGCACAGCCCCCGGGCAGCCUCCUCGCUUUUGCCCUGGCCUGUCUCCUGGUGCUGGCCGGCGGGGCCCUCACUUGCCUCAUCAGAUUGGGCAUCCAACAGCUGUGGCUGGUGCGGGGCCCCCACCGGAUCCUGCUGACAGCCCAGGAGCUCACCUUCAUCCAUCAGCCCCCAAGCAGACGGAGGCUGCACAUGGACAGCGUGAGCGAAUCAAGGAGUCCGGUGGAUGGCGGGAGCCUGAGGUCGGUGGCCCAGGGGUCAGCCAGGAGCCUGCCGGCCCCCCAGGAGCCCACCAAUGUGGCCCUGUACCAGGCUCUGCCUGGCUCGGAGCGGAGAGUGGCCCCUGAGCUGCGGCCCAGCUGUCUCAGCCUCCUGAGAAAGAUGCGGGAGCUGAGGCAUGAGAAUGUUGCUGCCUGCCUGGGCGUCUUUGUAGCCCCUGGGGUCAGUGCUUUGGUGCUGGAGCACUGUGCCCGGGGCAGCCUGGAGGACCUGCUGCGGAAUGAGGCUCUGUGGCUGGACUGGACCUUCAAGGCCUCUCUGCUGCUGGAUUUGAUCCGUGGCAUGCGGUAUCUGCACCAUCAGCAUUUCCCUCAUGGCCGCCUCAAGUCCCGAAACUGUGUGGUGGAUGGAUGCUUUGUUCUCAAGGUCACUGACCACGGUUAUGCAGAGCUCCUGAAUGUUCAGCGGGCUCCUCGCCCCCGGCCAGCUCCAGAAGAGCUGCUAUGGACGGCUCCGGAGCUGCUGCGCAUGCCGGGGGCGCCUGGGCGGGGGACCCUCAAAGCAGACAUCUUCAGCAUCGGCAUUGUCCUGCAGGAGGUGCUGACGCGAGGCCCACCCUACAGCUCCUCGGGGCUCUCCGCAGAAGAAAUCAUCAGGAAGGUGGUAUCACCCCCUCCCUUGUGCCGGCCCCUGGUGUCUGCUGACCAUGGGCCACCAGAGUGUAUCCAGCUGAUGGAGCAAUGCUGGGAGGAGGCUCCGGAGGACAGACCCAGCCUAGACCAGAUCUACACCCAGUUCAAAAGCAUCAAUCAAGGCAAGAAGACCAGUGUUGCUGACUCUAUGCUGUGGAUGCUGGAAAAGUAUUCCCAGAACCUGGAGGACCUGAUCCAGGAUCGGACUGAGGAACUGGAGCUGGAGAGGCAGAAGACAGAGAGGCUGCUCUCUCAGAUGCUCCCUCUGUCUGUGGCUGAAGCUCUGAAAAUGGGGGCAGCUGUGGAGCCAGAGUACUUUGACCAGGUCACCAUAUACUUCAGUGACAUUGUGGGUUUCACCAUCAUCUCAGCCCUGAGUGAGCCCACUGAGGUGGUAGGCUUGCUCAACGACCUCUACACACUGUUCGAUGCUGUUCUGGGAAGCCACGAUGUGUACAAGGUGGAGACCAUCGGGGAUGCCUACAUGGUGGCCUCGGGGCUGCCCCGGCGCAACGGCAGCCGGCACGCGGCUGAGAUGGCCGACGUGGCCCUGGACAUCCUCAGCUCUCUGAGGGGCUUCCAGAUGAAGCAUGCGCCCGACGUGCCCAUUUACAUCCGCGCUGGCCUGCACUCAGGGCCCUGCGUGGCAGGGGUCGUCGGUCUCACCAUGCCCAGGUACUGCCUCUUCGGCGAUACUGUUAACACUGCAUCCCGGAUGGAGUCCACAGGGCUGCCAUACAGAAUUCAUGUCAGCAGAAGCACAGUCCAGACACUGCUCAGCCUGGACGAAGGCUACAGAAUUGACAUCAGAGGCCAGACAGAGCUAAAGGGGAAGGGCGUAGAGGAGACCUACUGGCUGGUGGGGAAGGCAGGCUUCCGUGGGUCCCUCCCCACACCUCUGGACAUCAAACCUGGGGAUCCCUGGCAGGACCUCAUCAACCAAGAAAUCAGGGUGGCAUUUGCCAAAGCGCGCCAGAGCAUGGCCAGGCCCGGGAGCUCGGGGAGGGCCUUUGCUGGGCCCUGAGAAGGAGGACCGAGGGGAGCAGGGGCCUGUGCCAGCCCCGAAAGUCUCGUGCCUAGAUAUUCCCAAACCCUCUCCUUGCUCCAGUCCCCACAAAGAAUUCCCUUGCUGAGCAACCUGGCAGCCAACAGGGUACUCAUUACUAAGUGCCCUAGAGCGAUAUUAAUUGAUGCAUUCCAGUAUGAAUCCUGUGGGUAAACUUGCCGCUUGACAC